UUACAGUUUGAAAAACCGCAAGCGAUAAUCUCUAAGCAAAACGAUGAAUGUUAUGCGUAAGCUGCGCGGCGCAGCCAGCGCUGGCAGCGGCAGCAACGCAAGCAACAACAGCGGCAGCAGCAGCAGCUCUGCCAGCCCCAGCAGUGCCAGUGGACGUGGCACCACCGAGGACGCUCUGCUCGAUGCACGCAUACAAAUGAGCCUGUCGACGCUUAAGAAACUCUUCAACGAAUACACACAUCCCAAGGAGCCGCUAAGCGAACUCGAACGCGAUGGCAAACUCUACGAAAUGUUGCCGCUAUUCUGCAAAGUGUUUAGCAGCUGCUCCGCUAAUGAAAUGAGUGAAAAGUUCUGGGACGUGGUGGCAUUUUGUCAGCAAGUCUCGCGUCUCAUGGUCAGCGAGAUACGCAAACGCGCUUCGAAUCAAAGCACAGAGGCAGCCUCCAUAGCAAUUGUUAAAUUUCUAGAGGUGGAGACGACAGAGGAGAUGAGCAGUGGCUGGAUGCUGCUGGCUACAUUGAAUCUCUUGGCCAAUGGCGAUGUGUCGCUCAUACAGGUCAUGACAGCAGCCGCUGUGCCCUCGACGCUGGUCAAAUGCUUGUAUUUAUUCUUUGAUCUGCCGCCCGUGGAGGACGAUGAGCCGCCAGCUGAGGGCGCUAAUGUGAGCGAUUUUAAUGCACACGAGCGACGCACACUGCUGCAAAAAGUAUUCGUACAGCUGCUGGUUAAGCUCUGCUCGUAUCCAUAUCCAGCUGAGGAGCUGGCACGCAUGGAUGACCUAACGCUGCUGUUCUCGGCUAUAACAUCGCCUUGCCCAAUGCAGAAUAUUGUGUGGCGCAAGAAUGCGGCAGAAAUAUUAACAACAAUAUCGAGGCAUGGACUGACCGAUGCAGUUGUUAGCUAUAUACAUUCCAAAGGUUGCAUGGCGCUGUGCGUGGAUAAUAUGCAACGUUUGACGUUUGGCAAUCCGUUGGAGAUUGUGGAAAUGUUUGUGACAGUCUUUUGCUUUCUCAAGGACUCUAGUCAAGUAUCGCAGAUACUGCUCGAUGAUUUUCGCGCUUCACAGGGUUAUGUCUUUCUGAGUGACUUUCUGCUAAAAUUUGAUAAUGCGCGCAGUCAGACGCUGGAAAUCCAAGCAGCUAUACGCAAUCUUGUGCUAAUGAUCUCAUCGUUGUGCAUGUGCGGCUUCUAUGAGCUGCGUCCACCAGCAGCGCAGUUCAAUACGGUCUUCAAGCUGCAGAACUUUCAACUGCCACAGGCCAGUUCACGUGAAACUUGUGUGCGCAAUGUUUACGCUUUCCAAGUGCUGCAAACAGUCUUCUUGAAGUCCACAACGCCUGCGCUUUGCUGCACCAUACUGGACGCCAUCUCACGCGUUUAUCAUUCAGAGAAUGCCAAUUACUUUAUACUCGAGUCGGAGCAGACGCUCAGCAGCUUUGCCGAGCGCAUACAUCUGAAGAGCGCGCAGAUACAGGAAAAGUUCUUUGAGCUGCUGGAGUUUAUUGUAUUCCAGCUUAACUUUGUGCCCUGCAAGGAGCUGAUCAGCCUGUCGCUGCUGCUGAAGCACAAUCAUUCGAGCAGCUGCAGCAUACUCUGCCUAAAGACGCUGCUCAACAUUUUAAGGCACAACAAUGUCUUCAAGGAUGUUUAUCGUGAGGUGGGCAUACUGGAGAUCUUUGUUAGCUGCUUGAAGCGCUAUGCGGAGCACGUGCGUCUGAUAACAAACGAUGAUGAAGCGCUGGUUGUAAGCCCAGGCGAGCAGGAUUUGCUGGACUCGCUGGGCAAGCAUGUGCUGGAGGUGUUGACCAUUCUACUUGGUGGCGGCGCCAGCACCAAUGCGCAAAUGUUUCGCGAAUACAGCGGCGCCAAGUGCACCCACGAGUUGGUCAAGUUUAAGCAUUGUCGCCCACAGGCGCUGGGCAUAAUACGCGAGCUAAUACUUUCUGCUGGUGGCGAUGAUGACAUGUUGUAUAUACUCUCGCUGAUGCACAGCAUCAGUCCGCUGCAGGUGGAGUUCAAAAUACAGAUACUGAAUAUGCUGCUGGGCUGUCUCAAGGAUUCGCAUCGCACGCGCACAGUUUUUCGCAAAGUGGGCGGCUUUGUUUAUUUGACCAGCGUCUUUGUUUCGCUGGAUGGCAGCAUGGCGCAAUCCUCGCCAGACAUUGCUCAAGCGGAUCUUAUUUUGCUGCUGCAAAUAGUUUGCCAGACCUUGGCCACAGCCAUGCGCUUUGAGCCUGCCAAUGCCAAGUUCUUUCAUCAGGAGAUUUGCAAUAGCUCGUUGUGCGAUACGCUGCGUCUGCUUGGCUGCUUUGGCGGCAUGGCUACGCUCCAGGACUACACGGGCGAGUAUGAGCCGCAGCAGUCGCUGCUGCGCUAUUACCAUGAAGUAUUCAGUGGCGAUAUACUCAGUGUCAGCUUCUCAUCGGAUGUGCCCAGCUCGCUUAGCUACAUCUGCGUGCUGUUUCGCUUGCUUUAUAGCAUAGCGCUGGACAACUUUGAGCCGCCCAAUCUUGCUGGCGUCAUUACGCUCUUCACCGAGCAGCCGCCGCUGCAUUCGCGCUCGCCCAGCAAGGAGCUGGCGGCACCUGUGCAUCCCAGCCAGCUGAACCUAACGCAGCCCACGCCAGAGCCACGCAUAGUGCAUCCUGGUGUGGUACUCUGCAUGCUGCAGCUGCUGCCAGGUGUGCAGCAUGAUCUCGCUCCAUUGCAGGCUAUACAGCUGCAGGUUUAUCUAUCGGAGAUUAUCAAGUCGCUGGUGCGCAGCGAGCGCAAUCAGCAGAUUAUGUGCGAUCAUGGGCUGGCCGAGCAGCUGCUGCGUCUAACGCGUCGUGCCCUGGCGGAGGAACUGCAUCCGCUGCAUGUGCCCAUGCAGUAUAUACUGGAACGCUUGGCCGCGCAAGCGCUGCAGCCCACCGAACUGCGUCAGUUUCUGCGUCUGGGCGAGCCGCUCAGCUGCGCCGACAUCGAUCUGCAGCUGCCUUACCGCCAAGGCGGAGCUGUGCCGCUCACCCGCAUCAAGACGCUCGUCUCCAUGACUACGCCGCGUGACUUUCGCGCUCAUGGCUCCAGCACGCUGCCUCCUUUCGUCGAACUGGACAUGUCCGCUGAGGGCUUUGGCUGCCUCUAUCUGCCCUCGCUAGCGCCUCAAGCAACAGCCACAGCUGGUGGCACCAUCGAUGCCAAUACCAUUGGCGGCAUUGGUGCCGGCGAUCGCAUCUUUCCACCGCAGACGGGACUCAGCUACUCCACUUGGUUUUGCGUGGAGAAAUUCUCGGAUCCCAAGACAGAUCCGCACUGCGUCAGGUUGCUCACCUUGGUGCGCACCGUGCACAAUCCGCGUGAAGAGAAUCUCGCCUGCUUAUCCAUACUGCUCUCAGCCAGGGAUAAAGCGAUUGUGGUGUCCACCCAAGAGACUCUUGUCACACCCAGAAAAAGCAUUGGCGACUGGGAGCCGGAGGGCAGCGACGAUGGCAUUGCUCGCAUCUGGUGUCCAGAUCUGCUACACGAGGGUCAGUGGCACAAUCUCGUUGUCGUGCUCAAUCGCGCCGUGCUGAAGAACUCCAGCUUGUCGCUCUAUCUGGACGGCGUGCCCAUGCACACCCAGAAGCUUCACUAUAUAGCUCAGCAUCCGGGCGCCAGCAGCACCAAUCCCACAACGGCUACCCAAAUCUUUGGCUAUGUGGGCACACCGCCCAUCUGGCGUCGCUACUCGCGUUUGUGCUGGAAGCAAGGCGUCUGCCAUCUGCUCGAGGAUGUGCUCGCCCAGCAAACAGUGCAGACCAUCUAUCAACUGGGACCACACUACAUGGGCUCGUUGCAGGCACCACAGCUGGGCAAACAGGCGGAGCCACUAGCGCCACUGGUGCCAGAGGAUCGCGUGCUGCUCGGACUCAACGCCAAGGCGGUGUCCAAGCUGACGCUCGUCAAGAUUCGCAAGGUCUACAGUCGCGCCGACAACAAAAGCAUUGCCAAGCAGCUCAACAUGAACUCCCAUGAGAAUGCCACGCCCAUUAAAAUUCUACACAACUCGGCUGGUCAUUUGGCUGGCGCUGGACGCUCCCUGGGCGGCGUUGUGGUUGGCUAUCUGGGCGUGCGCGUCUUCAGUCCGCAUCCGGUGUCCGCAAUGAUUGACACCGUUGGCGGCUGCAAUGUGCUGCUCGGAAUCAUAGCCAUGGCACAGGAUGUGGAAUCACUGUACGCUGGAGUCAAAGCGCUGACCUGCGUGGUGAGAAGCAAUCGUGCGGCUCAAGCUGAAAUGGAUCGCAAGCGUUGCUACCAGACGCUGGGCAUGUUCUUCAAGAAGAAGAAGCAUCUGCUUAACUCGCAUAUACUGCAUCUGACUUUUGGGCUGGUGGGCACUGUGAACAGCGGACAUGAUAUGGCUGCCAUACCGAAUGUGACGGCUUUCCAGGAUCUGCUGUGUGAUCUGGAGAUUUGGCAUAAUGCGCCGAAUGGUUUGCUGCGCUCGCUGCUGGAGCAUCUGCUGGAGCUGGUGGUGGAGUCGAAUGAGAAGAAGCAGAACAUAAAGAUAAUGCGGGAUCUGCAGCUGCUGGUGAAGCUGCUGCACAUCAUCACAAGCAUAACGGAUCACUCGACGCGUGAGAUACUCUUCAAUCUGCUGGAGACGCUGCUGGGCGGACAACCCAGGCAUACGGAUCUGCUGUUGUUCGGCCAGUACGUGGCGGCCAAGCUGCCGCGCAUGCAGGACGGACAGCUGGAGCGGCAGGUGCUGCUGCCGAGCAUGAAGCCACCGGUGAACGAGGAGCACGAGGGCAUAGCGCAGAAUAUUUAUCUACGCAAUCGUUGCCUAUCACUGCUGCAUGGACUGCUGUUCACGCCCAGGAAUACGGUCAACUAUGUCAUCUGCGAUGACAUCAGCAAGACUCUGGGCAUGGAUUGGCUGCUGCUCUUUAUGCAGCCGCAUGUGCACUUCACCACGGUGAUUAUCUCGGUGCGCAUUCUCGUUGUCGUCUGCGCCAAUGAAAGCUUCCUGGUGCGCUUCCGCGACGCCACCCACAAUGGCGGCUAUCUGAGAUUCACCGAAAUGGUUUCCCAGCGUAAAAUGCUGGGCUUGGGCGCUCAGCAGCUGAACCAGCGGCCCAACAACGGCACGGGCACGGUUAUUGUUGCCACGCCCCAGAACACAAUACAGCAUCUGCCCACGCAGAUUGCGGGUGAAGUGCGUCCAGCGGCGCUUAAUAUACCAGGUUUCCAGCUGCUCGAAUGGCUGCUCUCGCAUCAUCUGGACGUGCCUGAGCUUUACUUUCUGCUCACCGCCUUGAUAAUGGGUCAACCAGUUAAGGUGCUGGCCACGGAGCACACAAAGUUCGAUUUGGAUCGCGUGUGGUCUUUUCUUUGGGGCGCUCCCGUCUCCGCCAAUACGCAGCUGCCCAAGCUGAAUGUUUGCCCCGAGGGCGUCUGUGUGCUGCUCGCCAUGGUGCGCGGCAUAGUCCAGGGCGGCGACUGCGCUCCUUGGCUGCAAAGUCAUCCGGAGACUAUUAUUCAACUGCUCUUCAGCCUGUACCAGAAUCUCAAUGACUUUACGCCGGUUAUGAUGACGGGCGAUGUGGUUACCUCGCUGGUAGCAGUGCUGUUCCCACUUGGCGCCAGUGCGUCGCGCUCCAACGAAUCUGAGCCCAACAGCGGCGCCUCCACGCCCACCGAUGCCAGCAGCUAUGCGCUGCCCACGCCCGAGACGCUGCAGUCGGCGCUGGCCAAUCAACCGAAGCUUACAACGCAUCCAGUGCGCAAGUGCAUCAUUGACUUUCUGCGCGUCAUUGUGGUGGAUUCGCUUGGACUGAAUAUGCAUGGCAAGAGCACGCCCGUCAUCGAUCUGGUGCUGGACGCUGCACCGGAGCGCGCAGCGCUGCCACUGCAAGUGGAGUACCAGACGCAGAUCAUCAUCGCAUUGAUGGAUCAUCUGCUGGCAGCGGAUGUGCUGGUGGGCGAGCAGGCAGCGCUGCCGCUGGUGCCGCUGCUCCAGAGCCACACGCAGCACAUUGCGCCCAAUGUUUUUUAUCUAACCGCCAGGAUUGUGGACAAACUGUGGCAAGGCUGCUUGACACGCAAUCCGCAUGACAUCUUCGACUUUGUCAUCAAGCUCAUAGGACAGGCUAAGCGGCGUUCGGCGUCGCUAUCGCUGGAGCAACUGCAUCAUUCGCUGAAUCGCAGUAUUUUGUUUUUGCUAUCGCGACCCACCGACGACUCCAUAGCGGAGCAGAUGAGCGUGCUGGAGGCGCUGCACAAGAUCAUACAGCAUCGCUUGCUCAUCUUUGGCGCGGGCAAUCAUGAGCUGGAGUUUAUAGGCUGCUUGACCUACUGCCUGCUGCAGUUGACGGCGGAUAUGCGUAUAAUUCUGGAGCCGGCAACGAGUCGCAACACCACCUGGCAUGUUAAUCCGCAAACGGAGACAACUGAGCCCAAGGAUGAGGAUCUCAAUCAGCUGCAGGGACGCAAUUUGAUUGUGGGCGCCGCUUUCCGCGUCUGGGAGGAGCUCUAUGUCUGCAAGAAGCCCGCCAUAGAGGAAGUGUUCAAGGUGUCGCUAACGGCGCCGCCCGCUAAUUCGAAGGCGCCGGAUCUGCACACCACACGCGAGCAGGUCAUGGAGCUGGCCUCCAAGCUGUGGUUCAACUACGUGGAGGCGGAGCGCAAGGCGAGCUAUCGCGUGCCCUGGGAGCUGCACAAUCAGAUACAAUCGAAGAUACAGAAAGUCACAGGUGGACUCACGCGCCUGGCCAGUCGCUCCAAAGUGAAGAAGGAUGAGCUGGUGCGCACCAGAUCGAACAUGAGCAGAGAGGUCGCCUAUGAGAGCACCGGAGUGCAUGUGCAGCUGAUCAAGGAUCUGCUGGAGCUGCGCGUCAAGCAAUAUCAGCAAAUGCUGCAGCACACACAACGCUAUGUCUACCAGGAUUGGGUGCAGUCCGAAACGGAGCUGACGCGCGAGCGCGGCCUUUGGGGUCCCACGGGCUGCUGCACGCUGGACAAGUGGAUACUGGACACCACAGAGGGACCGCAUCGCAUGCGCAAGAAGACAAUGCGCAAUGAGCUCUUCUAUUUGCAUUAUCCGUAUCGCCCAGAGCUGGAGCUGGCUGACAAUCGCCAGCUGAAGUAUAAGGUAGCCUCCAGUUUGGACAGCAAGCUGCACUUUCAGCAUGGACAGCAGCAGCCGCGCAUACUCGCUGAGGCGGAGCAUGGCAUGCAGGCGCAAUCCUCGCUGGAGACGCCGCUGCCGCAACGGCUGGAGGCAAGCAGCAGCUUCAACUCGGCCACGCCGCCGCCAGUGUCGCCCAAGCUGCUGGCGCAGCCGCAAGAGUCGCUGGACAAUGCUGCACAGGAGGACGACGAGGAGCAGGAGCAGGACACCAGCAUGACCAGCGAGAAUGAAACGUUUCUGCGGCUGCUUGAGGAGCAGGAAAAGAUUAGCUUUAUGUUUAGAUGCGCGCGUGUGCAAGGACUCGAUACCUUUGAGGGCUUGCUGCUGUUCGGCAAGGAGCAUUGCUACAUUGUGGACGGAUUCACGCUGCUGAAGAAUCGCGAGAUACGCGACAUAGACACGUUGCCUGCGGGCGCCUAUGAGCCCAUCAUACCCAACUCGGGUGGCGUUAGCGUUAGCGCCAGUGCGCGCGCUGUUAGCCACAAGUUGAGGCAGUGCAGCAAGUUUGCCUACGAGGAGAUACGCGAGGUGCACAAGCGUCGCUAUUUGCUGCAGCCCAUUGCGCUCGAAGUCUUCUCCGAAGAUGGGCGCAACUAUUUGCUGAGCUUUCCGCGCAAGGUGCGCAACAAGGUGAACCAGCGCUUCCUCGCGCUGGCCACUGCUCUCAAUGACAAUGCCCAGCAGUCUGUAGCCGGACAGAAGCGCACGGCAAGCGUGGAGCAAACCUCGGGACUGUUUAGCGGACUCAUUGGUGAAACUUCGGUCACCCAGCGCUGGGUGCGCGGCGAGAUCUCCAACUUUCAGUAUCUGAUGCAUUUGAAUACGCUGGCGGGCAGAAGCUACAACGAUCUCAUGCAGUAUCCAGUGUUCCCCUGGAUACUCGCCGACUACGACUCCGAGGAGCUGGACUUUACCAAUCCGAUAACGUUUCGCGACUUUUCGCGUCCCAUGGGCGCACAGGCGGAUGAGCGCCUGGAGCAGUUCCAAAAGCGCUUCAAGGAGUGGGAUGAUCCACAUGGCGAAACUCCACCCUAUCACUAUGGCACCCACUACAGCUCAGCCAUGAUAGUCUGCUCCUAUCUGGUGCGCCUGGAGCCAUUCUCACAACCAUUCCUCAAGCUUCAAGGCGGGCACUUUGACUUGGCCGAUCGCAUGUUCCACAGCAUUAAGGAGGCGUGGCUAUCCGCCUCCAAGCUCAACAUGGCGGAUGUUAAGGAGCUCAUCCCAGAGUUUUUCUAUCUGCCCGAGUUCUUGAGCAACUUCAACAACUUCGAUCUGGGCACCAAGCAGAACGGCGAGACGCUCAACCAUGUCAUACUCCCACCCUGGGCCAAGCAAGAUCCACGCGAGUUUAUUCGCCUGCAUCGCAGUGCGCUGGAGUGUGAUCAUGUCAGCCAGCAUUUGCAUCUGUGGAUUGAUCUAAUCUUUGGCUGCAAGCAGCAAGGCCCAGCAGCUGUGGAUGCCGUCAAUGUGUUCCAUCAUCUCUUUUACGAGGGCAAUGUGGACAUUUACAACAUUGAUGAUCCUUUAAAGAAAAACGCAACCAUUGGCUUCAUCAACAACUUUGGCCAAAUACCCAAGCAGCUGUUCCGCAAGGCGCAUCCCGCCAAGAAAAUGGCCAACUCACGCCAUUCCGCGCUAAUGGAUCCCUCGGCGCUUAUACAAGGCAACAGCACAGUGCUGCAAACGGAUCGACUCUUCUUCCAUAAUCUGGACAAUCUGAAGCCGAGUCUGCAGCCCAUUAAGGAGCUCAAAGGACCUGUGGGCCAGAUACUGCAGCCAGACAAAACGGUGUUUGCUGUGGAGCAGAACAAGGUCAUGAUGCCGCCUUCCUAUACUAAAUACAUAGCCUGGGGCUUUGCUGAUCAUUCGCUCAGGAUUGGACUCUAUGAUACGGAUCGCGCUUCAUUUGUUUCCGAGGCAGCGGCGCAUAACUCAGGCGAGAUUUUGACCUGCGCCUGUCCCAAUGCCAAGAUGAUUGUCACAGCCGGCACCAGCUCAGUGGUUACUAUAUGGAAAUUCGAUGCCAAUCGCAAAAGUUUGAGCGUGCGUCACUCGCUGCAUGGACACACAGAUGCGGUGACCUGUCUGGCCGCCAGUGCUGCCUACAACGUUAUUGUCUCCGGGUCUAGAGAUGGCACUGCCAUUGUGUGGGACAUGUCGCGUUUCACUUUCGUGCGUCAGCUGCGUGGCCAUGCGGGCGUUGUGGCCGCUGUGGCUAUCAAUGAGUUGACUGGUGAGAUUGCCACCUGCUCCGCCACUUGGCUGCAUGUGUGGUCCAUCAAUGGCGAUGCGCUGGCCAUGGUUAACACCUGCGUGGGCUCGGCGGAUCGCAUGCAGCAGAUACUUUGUGUAGCCUUUUCGCAAAUACGCGAGUGGGAUCAACAGAAUGUGGUCAUGACGGGCUCCACCGAUGGCGUAGUUAGAAUGUGGUCGCUGGAGUAUACACAAGUGCCCAUAGAUCGCAAGCUAAAGCGCGGCGUUGAAGUGAACUCGCAGGAUAAGCCAGAUAUAGUUGCAGAUGUGGACAAGGACAAGGCGGAUAAGCUGAGCCUGUUUAAGCAAAUGAAGAGCUUGUCCCAGCCGGAAGCAGAGCUCGAGAUUGUCAAGUCCGCUUCGGAGAGCAGCCUGUCGGAGGCCUCUCAGCAUAGCAACGACUCGGCAAAGUCCGCUGAGCCGGCAGCAGCGCCAGAGCGACGCAAGAGUUCCAUUUCAGGGGCCAAGAGCUUGCAUGAAAUGAAGUCAGCUACAGUUGAAGGCGCUGGCUGCAGCGCCGAGCAUAAGACAAAUGAAGAAGAGCACAGCAUACGGCCCAGCAAAUCGGAUACAAGCUUAACUGAUGGCUUUGUGCUGCUGGACAAUGAUCGACAUCGUGGUGAGCAGGCGCUGCGCAAGGGCUUCAAAUGGCAACGUCAAUUAAUGUUUAGAAGCAAGCUGACUAUGCAUACAGCCUAUGAUCGCAAGGACAAUGCAGAGCCUGCGAGCAUAACAGCAUUAACUGUAUCCAAGGAUCAUAAAAUACUUUAUGUAGGCGAUGCGCGUGGACGCAUUUUCAGCUGGAGCGUAACAGAGCAGCCUGGACGUGGUGUAGCCGAUCAUUGGCUUAAGGAUGAGGGCGCCGAUCAGUGCGUCAAAUGUCAUGUCAAAUUCACGCUCUACGAGCGCAAGCAUCAUUGUCGCAACUGUGGACAGGUGUUCUGCAACAAGUGCAGUCGCUUCGAGUCGGAGAUCUCACGUCUGCGCAUUUUGAAGCCGGUGCGGGUUUGCCAGUCCUGCUACAGUCAGCUGCGCAGCAAUUCGCUGGAUAAUUAAAUCUAUGUACCUAACGAUGAAUUGCGUUUACUUGAGUAACCCUAAAAGACGUUCAAUGCAUUCAGUUGACAACUAUUUAUUACUACUUAUUACUUAUUUAUUUAUACUACAAUAUUUGUUUAACCAAAUGGUGUUGCGCUUAGCACAACCAAAGGCUGUUAUAUGAUUUUAUACGCUACUUUAUGAUUCAGCUAAAACCAGUUGCAAUAUAAUUUUAUACUUACUUUUAAACUAUUUAUUGAAUGCUAUACAAUAACAAUAAUAAAUAUUGCUUAUACGCCACAAUCAAUGACAAUUUGUAGUCAUGUAAUUAUAUACAAAAAGUAAUUAAUCAAUUUGUGUGUUUAGCAAACAAAUAUUAACGCAUGUAUCUACGCAGCUUAGCAAUGUGUACAACGCACAAAACUAAACAUAUACAUAUAUAUAUAUUGAUAUAUCGAUCGAAACAGUCUAAAACAAUAAUCAAGCACCGCCAAUUAAAUCAAUUACAGCAAUUAUCUAGCCAAUAAAAAACAAACUUAAUUAGCACACAACACACAAACCUCACACAAACAAACAAAAACGAAAGUUAGAUACAGUGACUAAAUAUUAAAGCCCAAAUACUUCCAGCUGCUAACGAAUGAACUAAAAAGCAAUGCUAAAUCUUAAUCUAAUACUGAAAGCAAUACUUACUGUUUGCUUGAAACUGAAACUGUAGUAAAUAAAUUCUAAGUACUGCUGUCUCUUUGAAUGAUAUGUUAGUCCUUUGCAGCUUUGAAAAUUGUGUAAAUAAGAUGGACAAAUAACGAAGCAAAUAUUUUCAAUGUUUAGAUGCAUUAUAUAAACUAGCUAAAUAAAUUGG